AUGGAUUCAACAACUUUUGCCAACGGUAAUUACAAAAGUUACUCACAGAUCGACACUUCUUCUCUAUAUCCCGCCUCCAAUACCACUUCCAGCAAUCCGAAUGUCGAUAUCUGGAACAACUUAACACACUCCCAGCUUCAGAAUGAACUCUCCAAUACUAGAACCGCCACUUCUGCCGCUAACAGCACCCUCUCAAAUUCUGCUUCUCAUUAUGAUACGGCAACUUCAUUCCCAACCUCCUUGCCAGGAUCGAAUACCAAUACAGGUAAGAGUAAACUAUCCAACGUCGAAAUGGAUCCGCUAUCUUUUCAGAUGUUGCAAUUGUCGACAAAAGAUCCUUCCUCAUCAUUGUCAAAUGCGAACACUCCUUCAAUGAUCCAAAAUUCUUACUUCUCCAACUCAAAUAUCGGGUUCAAUCGCCAAUUUAAUGAUACAGAGAAAGAGAACAACAACUCUAAAUCUAUUAACGCCGUCUCAAACCAAAGAACUAAUUUACAUCCUCAUAAUAAUACAAACUGGCCCAAUAGUAACACUUAUACUAGUUAUCUAUUACAACAACAACAGCAACAUCAGGCUCAAGGGCAAGCUCAGGAACCCCUCACGAAUCAUCACGUCCAAGCUGCGCAAAAUUAUCAACAUUUUAAUUAUAAGUCUAAGCCAACCUCUCAACCCCCAUCAUAUAAUAACCCAACUCAAUCACAAUUUUUGAGUAAUCAACUGAACUAUUUUAAUACUAAUACCAAUUCUAACACCAACAAUGUUACUUCACCUAACCACAAUAAUCACCAGUUUACAAGUAGUUUUGAUCCUAGAAAUCUGAAAAAAACAAUAACUCAUGAACCAUUAACUGCUGAAGAUGAACAGUUUGAUAAUGAAAGUUAUAGAACUAAAUUGCAAUUGAAAGACAUCAUUAUUUCUAAAUUGGAAUCUGAAUUAGAGAAGAUGAAGGAAUUCCAUGAUACUGUUUUGAAAACAAAAGGAAAUACACAAGGUGAUUUCGAGGUACCUAAAAAUUAUGAAGAACUAUAUCACAAGUUAGUCGAUAAAAUUCAAUCAACUGAGGCAGAAUUAAACGAUACAAAACUAAGACUAGAAUCGUUAGUUACUGCUAUUUCAAUGAAUCCUAAUCCGACCAAUUAUAAAAAUGGUAGAUAUGAUGAGCAAGAAGUCUCUCAUAAGAUUAUUUCAAAGUUGAAAUUACUCUCCGAAGAAAACGAAGAAUUAUCUAGAAUGCUAAGUUAUGGGAAAUCAAAGGAAAAAGAUAUAGAAAUAGCAUUAUUAAGAAAACAAAAUAAUGAUUUAUUAGAGAAAGUCUCCAAAUUAGAAGCAAAAUUAAAUGAUACCAAGUAA